AUGUCCCAGCUGAACCGCGAGCGGAUCCAGGCCAUCCAGAGCUCGUUCGGCCCGUCGGGGAAGCCGCUGUUCCGGGCCGCCCGGGUCCUGGUCGGCGAGGGCCGGCUGCUGAAGCAGAGCCGGCGGGGGCCGCAGCCCAAAGUCUUCUUCCUCUUCAACGACCUGCUCGUGUACGGCAGCAUCGUCCUGGACGGCCGCUGGUACAGCAGGCAGCAGAUCGUCCCUCUGGAGGACAUCCUGCUGGAAGACCAAGAGGAUGGUGCCACGAUGAAGAACCAGUGGUUGAUCUGCACCCCGCGCAAGUCCUUCUACGUAGCCGCCGCUUCCCCCGAAGAGAAGCGGGCCUGGAUGGAGCACAUCGAGGACUGCCGGGCCCUCCUGGUCCGGAAAAAUAGUGGCCAUGAUGGCGGUGGGAGGGCGCCCUACGCGGCCCCCUGGAUCCCCGACGGGGUGUCGGGCACCUGCAUGCGCUGCCGUAGCCGGCGGUUCUCGGCGGGCCGGCGCCGGCACCACUGCCGGAGCUGCGGGCUCCUGGUGUGCGGGGCCUGCUCCCGGGGCCGAGCGCCCGUCCCGCACAUCCACCCCACCAAGCCGCUCAGGGUGUGCGACGCGUGCCGGGCCCCCGCCGAGGAGCCGGCGCGCCCCAGGGGGGGCAGCAUGGGCAAAGCGAGCUCGGACGAAAACGAGGAAGAAGAGGAGGAGGAGGGCCAGGCGCGGCCCGAGCCCGGCAGCUGGCCGGUCUCCUGGGCAGCCGCUGUCCACCUCAGAGCCAAGCGACUCAGGCCCUGA